GCUGGCCUCUGUGCUAGCUGUCCGUCUACCGCAUUGCCACGGCAAGGCCACCGGGCAAGCAACCCCUAUUUCCCUCCCUCCCAUUUGGCCUCAUCUCCCCCUCUUCCCCUCCUCCCACCGUCGCCUUCUGGCAAAAAGGUGGAGACGCCGUCGUGUAACGGCGUCGGCGCCUCCGCCACCUGGCAGCCCCGAUGGCUUUUUCCUCCAACGCCCCUCGGUAGACGACGACGCCGACGAGGGCGCCCUUAUACCCUCCUCUCCCCCGCCCUAACCCUAGAUCCAAGAAGAUCAAGAGCGGAUCCCUAGCCUCAUCCAGAUCGAUCCAGAGGGGAGAGGAGGGACGACAUCGCCAUCGGCAUCGAGAUCGAGAUCGACAUGAGCCGCCAGGGAUACAUCACGCUUCCCAUCUUUGUUGUGCUCGCAACCGUGGCCUUCCUCUACUACUCGACCGUCUUCUUGGUGAUCGAUGAGUGGAUGGGGCUCCGGACCGCGGCGGGGCUGGGGAACGCCGUGGUCUUUACCUUCCUUACCCUAAUGGCGGUGGGGAACUACUGCAUCGCCGUAUUCAGGGAUCCGGGCCGCGUGCCUCCGUCGUUCAUGCCCGACGUGGAGGAAGCAGAAAAUCCGAUCCACGAAAUCAAGAGGAAGGGUGGAGAUCUGAGAUUUUGCCAGAAAUGUUCUCACUAUAAGCCUCCCCGUACGCAUCACUGUCGUGUUUGCAAAAGAUGUGUUUUGAGAAUGGAUCACCACUGUGUUUGGAUAAACAAUUGCGUAGGACAUGAAAACUAUAAGGUCUUCAUUAUUUUUGUGCUGUAUGGUGUGAUUGCCUGCAUCCACUCAAUGGUUCUUUUUGUUGGAAAUUUUAUUCAUGAUGCACAGAAGGAUCAGCCGCAGAGUAGUUACUCUAAUAAAACAACAUGUAUCAUUGGUGGAGCUUUACUGUUUCCCUUAACUCUGGCGUUAAGCGUCCUAUUGGGUUGGCAGAUUUACCUUAUUUUGCAGAACAAGACCACAAUUGAGUACCAUGAAGGAGUCAGAGCCAUGUGGCUGGAAGAAAAAGUAGGAAAUAUGUAUAGACAUCCAUAUGACCUUGGUGUCUAUGAAAACCUUGUUUCAGUACUAGGGCCUAACAUCUUUUGUUGGUUAUGCCCUGUAUCAAAGUUCAAAGGCUCUGGUCUCCGAUUUCCCACUGCAUUUGACCUUCCAAUAUCUACAACACUAACUUGACGUAUCAGGUGGCAAAGAUGAGAGUAAUUUGUUUAUAGAAGAUGGAAACCAUGUAAAUUUUUGUGGUUGAGCCUCGCUUGGGAGUGGCAAUUACAAUCGUGAAGUGCUUGCCCUACGUUUUUGGUCUGACACGAGGGCUUCAAGUUACUUCUGUGGGCUGCUUAUAAACUACAGGAAGGGUAAGCAGAUGGAGUGCCCUUUGCAGGGGGGGGUAUCCUAGGGUCUGUAAGUCUAUGUUGUUAAUAAACUAUAAUGGUCCGGUGAAAUCUAUUGGGAAGUUAUGUGCCUGCCUUCAGGUGAUUUAUUUUGAUAUGGAACCUCGUAAGCCCCACCAUGCUACGCUGCUCACGGAGGUAACCAAGAGAUGCAGGCCUUAGGAUAUAACAUUCUCGUUCUGGCACGCGAUAUCGCUGUAUUAAUAUAUUAAACACUUUGGCAGGCAGCAUUACCAGUGGAUGACACAGGGAAGUAGAGAGAGGACAGACAAUUGGACAAGCAACACACCUAGUUCUCCGUGGAAUCACAUAUAUCAUAAGUAGAGCGGGACUCGGUGUUUACACUUCUGAUAGGCCAUCUCUACCUGGGAGCGUGGGAGGAUUGAAAUGCUUUUCAAGAGUUUGCAGAAACAAUUAACACCCAAAAUUUUAAUACAACGUUUUCCAUUCAAAA